AUGCCCUACGAAGUCACCAUUUCCGGAGGUGCUCCUUGGGGAUUCAGACUCUCUGGCGGACACCCAAGCCCGGAUGGAAUCAAAGUCAACCGAGUUACUCCCGGUGGAAAGGCAGCCGCAGCAAAUGUCUGCGUUGGCGAUUUUCUUCUCGCCGUCAACCACCAAGCUCUUCAGGAUGCCUCCUUGUUGAAUGUUAUGGAACUUAUCAAAGGCUCCGGUGACACUGUCAAUCUUACCCUUUUGACACAGGAAGAAUACGAUAUGUUCAAAGCCGAUGCGGAAGCCGCCGCCAAGGCCGAAGAAGAAGCCGAGGUUGAAGCAGUCGAUGUCGCCCAGGCUGAAGCCGCUCCAGUCCAGCAGGUGCUCCCUCAGCAGCUUGAGGAACCUGCAUUUGAGAGUCAAAUGACCGAACCCGCUGGCUACGAAUCUGAGAUCGACCCCGAAUACACCCUUGCUGGUGCUCAGCAAGCCCAGGCUGAGCGAGUUGCUAUCGAGAACCCCAACUAUGUCGACCCUGGCAUGACUACCGACAACGAAUACAACAAGACUCAUCAAAUCACCAGAGACGAAUUCGCCAACUUGCCAUCGUACAUCCAGAAGGCCAUUCGACCCCAAAAGAAAGUUCCCGACUACGGCAAGAACGUUGACUGGCUCCACAACAAGAUGAAGCUUAAGGUCACCCUUCCUGGCGGCGAAGCAGGAAAAGACGCUGGAACCAAGCUGAAGACUGCCGCGUUGGCCUACCCAAAUCGCGCCGUUGAGAUUUCUGGCCCAGUUCGUGGCAACAUUCGCCACGCUCAGUACAACACUCCUUGUGUUAUGUACUCGGACGCGCAGAUCGCCAACACCUUGAUCAGCCAAGCCGCUGCGAUGGGAGCUGACGUGCCCGACCCAACCACCUUUGGAACUCAGAACGUGCAGGUUGAUACAUCCACCGCUACUUACAGAGCUGUCAAGAACGAAGCUAAGGCGCACAAGACCACCCAGUCGAAAUCUUUCCAGCUUUUGGAUACUCUCUUGAAAUACCCUUACUUGGAAGAAAACGUCAAUGCCAACAACCAGUUAGCCGCCCAGCUCAACCAGCACCCCAGCGACUGGAAGGAAGCUGACUUCGGCAUCAAGCAGCUCUACGACGCUAACUGGAUUAUUUGCAACCCAACUACUCCAGCCAACGUCAUGCACGUCCAUCGACGACAGAUCGCUCUUCCAUUCCGAAAGCCCCUCAUUCUCAUGACUCCCAAAUCUCUUCUUCGACUUCCAGAAGCUCGAUCCGAAUGGUCAGAAAUGGACCCUGGCACACAGUACAGACGACUCAUCGGUGAAGAAGGCGCUGCCUCCAAGAACCCAGAUAACGUCAAGCGACUGAUAUUCUGCUCUGGAAAGGUCUACUACGAUCUCGUCAAAGAGCGAGCUGCCCGAGGCUUCGAAAACGAUAUCGCUAUUGCACGAGUUGAACAGGUCGCUCCAUUCCCAUACGAUCUCGUCAUUCCCGAGCUCGAGAAAUACAAGAACGCCGAAGUCUACUGGGUCCAGGAAAAGCACAAGAACAUGGGUUUCUACGACUUCUGCAAGCCUAGACUGCGAACUGCAUCCAACUGGUCCCGCCGAGUCCACUACGCUGGCCGAGACUCCGCCGCCUCCGCCGCUGCUGGUUCCAAACAAGUUCACAAGAUCGAGCAGGACAAAUUCAUGAACGACGCUUUCCGAAAGGGCGCCAAGGGUCGAUUGUACAAAUAA